AUGUCGUCUUUUCUGAGGUGUUUUCUAUUGCUCACACUUGUCAAUUUUCUCGCAGCCGCACAAUCGUCUCGACAGCGAAACGGCGGUCUCGUCAGAUGUCAGAAAGAAAUCGGAAGCUCCGUUAGUUCGUGUCAAGGAAAAUAUUGUUACAAAAUGCAUACACCUGAUGACACAACUAGAGAUGGAAUUGUGAAGAAGGGAUGUAUGAAUGCAGCUGAUGCACAGACAGAAGUUGGAAAAUGCACUCGACGUCCAUUAGAGGAAGGAGGUUCUGAACUGAUGUGUGUCUGCAAUGAAAGAGAUUUCUGCAAUUCUUCAGUCGUCAGUAUGUCUACUUCAGUACUAUUAGGAAUCUUCAGUUUGGCCAUUGCACUUCUUCUUUAA